CCUCCCCAGGGCGGCGAUGGCGGCGAUUCGCAGCGUGAAGGGUCUGGUGGCGCUGGUGACGGGCGGUGGCUCCGGGCUGGGCCGGGCCACGGUGGAGCGGCUCGUGGAGCGGGGGGCACGCGUGGUGCUGCUGGACCUGCCCGCGUCCCCCGGGGGGCAGCUGGCCAAGGAGCUGGGCGAGCACUGCGCCUUCGCCCCCGCGGACGUGACGUGCCCGUCCCAGGUGGGGUUCCCUGACCCCCCCCAUGAUGUCCCCGCAGGUGACGUGCCCGUCCCAGGUGGGCGCGGCGCUGGGCGUGGCCCGGGAGCGGUUCGGGCGCCUGGACCUGGCCGUGAACUGCGCCGGGAUCGGCAUCGCCGUCAAGACCUACAACAGCAAGAAGGACAAAGUGCACGACCUGGAGGACUUCCAGAAAGUCAUCAACGUGAACCUGGUGGGCACGUUCAACGUGAUCCGGCUCAGCGCCCAACUGAUGAGCCAGAACCAGCCCGACCCCGACGGGCACCGCGGGCUCGUGGUCAACACGGCCAGCGUGGCCGCCUUCGAGGGGCAGGUGGGGCAGGCGGCCUAUUCGGCCUCCAAGGGCGGCAUCGUGGGCAUGACCCUGCCCAUCGCCCGGGACCUGGCACCACUGGGGAUCCGCGUGGUCACCAUCGCUCCUGGGCUGUUCUCCACCCCUCUCCUGGCGGGGCUGCCCGAGCGGGUCCGGACCUUCCUGGGGCAGCAGGUGCCGUUCCCGUCGCGCCUCGGGGACCCUGCCGAGUUCGCGCACCUGGUGCAGGCGCUGGCCGAGAACCCCAUGAUCAACGGCGAGGUCGUGAGGCUGGACGGGGCCCUGCGGAUGCAGCCCUGAGAGCGGCACCCCCGAACGGGGGCGGGGACACCGGGAUGGGCACGGACACCAGGCUGGACGCUCCAGGACGGGGACAUGGACUGGGGUCACCCCCCAUGAUUGGGGAGACCCCCCUGAGUGGGGAGAACUACCCUCCCGAGUGGGGAUACCCUGGGAUUCGGGGGCAAACCCCGGGAAUGUGGCCAUGAGGCACCUCUGGAAGCCGGGACACCCCGCGAUGGGGUCCCUGCCCGGGUGCGGAGACGCUGCCUGGGUGUGGGGGACCAUCUCGAGCCGCCGGGUGUGGAGAUCCCCCCGGGACCCCCCGUGUCCCUCCUGUCCCCUCCUCCCGGCGCAAUAAAGGGGGUUCCUCCCACGUGUCCGUG